AUGACGCGUCUCAUGGCAGCCGGGAACGGUUACACCAAUGGCACUGCGUCCCACAAGUAUACCCUCUUCGAAGGCACACGGUCGGCCCUGGAGCAUCUGUUAAGCCGAGCAAAUAGCCAGCUUCCAGAAGAGUGCCUUCAUCAUAUCGUCAAUGUCGACUUCUCGACCGCCAACACCGGAAGCCCAUACUUUCCGAGCCCACUGAAACAGACAGAGGCCAUAUCCGCCCUCAAGGCUGUCGAAGCCGGAGUUGCCGCAACCAUUGCAGACCUCGCAGAGGGCUCCCAAGCGCGGGGGAUCGAGGUCGACCUUGAACGCGCUUCGGCGUUCCUGUUCUCGACGUAUCUUGCCACCGUGGGCGGCAUGGACAAGGCCCAUCCGAAGGUCAAGAAGAUGCUGAAAGAUACCGAUCUCCUACAAGCACAGUCCAUCCUCUACCGCAGGCUUUCCGCAAACUUGUACCAGACAAAGACUCCCGGAGAGUACUUCCACCUUCAUGGCUCGCUGGAAGCCACGAAGGCGCUGAACAUGGUUGGGCUUGAGGGCCACCGGCCUGAUUUGACCGACUACCACGAAUGCAUUAGGAUUAUUGAGGACCACGUCUCAAGGUUUACUGCUGAUGAGCUUGAGGAGAUGAACUGUCGAAUCAAGCAAGCCGGCGUGACCUGCUUGAAGUGGGAAGAUUUCCAGGCGACAGAGCACGGGCAAGCGCUGAUCAAAGAGCCGCCAUGGAAGCUGGAGACACUGGACUCGGACUCUCCGCCUGCCCCGUUCCCGUUCAAACCCUCCUCCGCACCAAAGCCUCAGAUUCUGGCGGGCAUCCGCGUCCUCGAGCUGUGCCGGAUAAUUGCGGGACCUGCGAUAGGACGCGGCUUAGCUGAAUACGGAGCUGAAGUGAUCAAAAUAACCUCGCCGAAUCUGUCCGACGUUCCCUUCUUUCAGGUAGACGGAAAUCUAGGCAAGCACACCAUCGACCUCAACCUUCGCGAUGCCAACGACCGAAAGACCUUUGAGGAGCUGUUGCAGUCCGCCGAUGUCAUACUUGAUGGUUACCGGCCAGGAAGUCUGAUUCGUCUCGGGUACGGGCCCCAACAAAUCCUCCAACUGACUAAGCAUCGCCAACGUGGCAUCGUAUAUGUCGCUGAGAACUGCUUUGGACACGUCGGUCCAUGGUCAUCCCGGCCUGGCUGGCAGCAGAUUGCAGACUGUGUAACUGGUGUUGCAUGGGCACAAGGCCUUGCAAUGGGCGUUGGCGAACCCGUCGUGCCACCUUUUCCCAUGAGCGACUACGGGACUGGCUGCAUGGGCACAAUUGCAGCGCUGACCGGCCUGUACAAAAGAGCGAAAUACGGGGGAAGCUACAUGGGAACGACAUCCUUGGCCCAAUACGACAUUUACCUACUUCAGCUCGGAUUAUACGACAAGCGCAUGAUGUCGGAGCUGAGGGAGCAGCACGAUGACGAAUUCUUUCAGCUGAGGCACAACGAUUCGGUGGAUGAAGUGGGAAAGCGCGCAUUGAAGACAAUAAGGAGGGUUCAUCCAGAGUUAUUUGAGGAGCGCCACAUGCAGGAGUGCUUCAGCAGGGGGUUCAACGCAAACAUCCGGACGGUACGGCCUGUUGUCAGUGUAGAAGGAACUUGGAACGGCUUCUUGAGGAGCUCAAGGCCCAAUGGCUUUGACAAGCCGACGUGGGAAGACUGGGAGGUAGACGAUGACAUGCUCAAGACCUGA